AUGUCCCAAGUUGUUGCUAACGUACUUAUCAAGCUGGAACUAAACUCCUUCAACUUCACCAACAUUCUCUCCGACCGCAUCGGUCUCUACCUACACCCCUACGCCGCCCUCAUCAACCACAGCUGCAACUACAACGCCGCCGUCACCUUCGACAGCGACAACCUGUACAUAAAAGCCACCCGCCCCAUCCAAAAAGGCGACCAAAUCUUCAUCUCCUACAUCGACGCCACAAACCCCGUCAAACUCCGGCGCUCCGAACUCCGCGAACGCUACUACUUCGACUGCCACUGCGCCAAAUGCGCCAAAGACCUCACAGAGCCAGAACACAGCUUCCUAGGCCCAGAAACCCAAGACGAUCUUUCCGCCCUCGAAGGCGCAGAAAUAGAAGCCUACGAACUUCUGAACGAAUGCUCCUCGGCCGUGGAAACCGAUCCCAAGAAAACGGCUAAAAGACUUCGGUCGUCUAUUAAGUUCCUACGGAAGGUUGGCGCUUGGCCUGUUACGGAACAGCCUCUUGUUUCUUUGAGAGAUGAGUUGAUUGCUUCGUUGCUGGCGGAUCAGGAUAUCGGUUCUGGGUUUGUGCAGGCUGCUGUAAGAUAUUUGCGUGUUGAUCCGGUUGUUUAUGGGGAUGAGCGGCAUCCUGUUCGUCAGUUGCAUGCGUAUGCGCUGGCUAGGGUGGCGGUUUCUUUGGAUUAUGGAGAGGAUGGGGAUUCUACUGGUUUGCUUGGGUUGGUGGAUGUGAGAAUGGAGCCUGUGUUGCUUGCUUGGUCGGUUUUGAGUCGGCUUGUGGAGCUGGAGGAUGAGGCUUGUACUGUGCCGAGCUUUAAGACGAUGGUUAGGUGGUUGUUUGAUGAUGUGAAUGAGAGGUUUAAGGGGGAUAAGAAGAAACCAGAGGACAGGGGAGAUGACAUAAGGAGGGAGUGGGAGAAGAUUGAACUGCUUGUUGACAGAGCGCUUGAGAAGGGAUAUUAA